CUGCGACUAUCUUGUUCGUCGCCGACCUUCCCACCGGCGCCCCGCCCAGAGCCACCCAGCAUCACCCACAACAACCGCGCACACCCUGUACUCACCGAGGACGCCUCCAUGCCUCCGUGCAGACGGUCUCUCUCCAGCCACCACGAGCCGCCGAUUUCGUCGCUCUAUGUGGCGGAUUGCCUCAAAUUCUCUGUGAAUUGCGGCAGCGACAAUGACGGAGAAGAGGUUCGACGCCGACGAGAAUGGGGCGGCGCUGAGGAGUUGUGCAGGAGGACUUCGUCGAGACUGGUUUCCGACAACCUACUCGCCGGCUUCCUCGCCAGAGUCUCAUAUGCCGUGGCUACUUAUGCACGACGGCUGGUGACGGAUGCACGACGGCGGUCUGGUGAAGGUAGGCAGAGGAAGAUUGAGAUGGCGAAAUUGACAGAAUCAUGUCUGGUGCACGGCAGCGGCUUGGGAAUGUGUACGGAGGAGGCCUGA